GUGUAUUUGGGCGAAGUCGGUCGACCUGUCUCAUUUAUAAAGAAACGUUUUAAAACGAUCGUGCAUUAAAAAUAACCAUGACUUCGACAGGAAUAAACCAAGGCUUGAAUGAGACUUCCAAACCUUCGUCAAAGGUUUUAAAACCACCAGGAGGAGGUUCCAAUAUUUGUUUUGGCGGGGAACCAGACCCAGCACCAGCAAGACAAUCUCAAAGAGGACAUGUUGCUCCUCAGCAACAACAGAGAACAACUAAAGCUCCUUUUGGAGAGAGUGAGCAUGUUGUCAAGAUCUUACCACAGACAAGAGGUUCUGAUUCUAAAAGUCGUAUUUUUGGUGAUUGUAAUGAUGUUGUGGCUCCUCGUAGAUCUUCUUCCAGUAACACCCAUAGCAAUAUAUUUGGUGAAGGUGAUGAUGUAGAUGCAAAAAAGAGAAAUGACUCUAAUGGUAACUAUGAUCCUAUCACUGGUCAAAAAUAUGAAACAACUGCUUGUCAUCAACCACCACCGAAACCAGUACCAACAAGUAACUAUAAACCAUUACCUUCUGCCGCUGAUGGACCAGGUACAAUGCAGUCUGUAAGUGGUAAAGCCCAGGAUGUCAGGACUUCAUCUCGUGUUACCAAUCCACCAGGAGGACCUACCACCAAACUUUGGUAGAUUUCUCUUCCUUUCUGUUGUCAGCCACCAGUGAUCUCUUCAAACCACAUCUAAACAAACAACCUCAACAACAAAAAUAUUGCCAAAAGUUUACAGAAUUUUUGUCACAAAAUUACCAAUGAUGUACUUACCCAUUUUUCUGGGCCAUGGCAUUUGAUGAUCAUUUGGCUUGAUUAAUACAAUUCCUUGGCAUUGAAUGAGUGUCCAGUAACUUGCAAAAUUAAUUCUUUUGGCAUUUUCAGGAAUAAUCUAAUCAAAAAAUCUUUCACAGAAUCUAGCUUUUCUAGGUGUUUUAGAUUUCUGGAAAUAUUGGCAUGUACAAAUACUCUAGAUAGAUCUUCUUUGAGUGGCU